GGAAUUGAUGUAGGUGCAUUGGCAUUUUGAUUUAGGAACCAAAGUAGUGUCACAGGCAUGUUGGCAGGGCCAUGGUCUGGUGUGUGCACGCUCUGAUUUGCUGGUACCGGGCUCCAGGCUUCACUUUUCCUAGGAUCAUAGCGGGUGCUCGACUAAAAGCGCUUUGCAGUUUAUAGCGAUCCUUUCUUCUUCCCUGCUUUCUUCCGCGUAAGCCGUCUUUAAUGAACGUCGUGCAUGAGGUUCUUCUACUCCUGCAUCUUCUCAGUCGUUCCUCUCUUGUAUUUGCCCUCCUCCCUUCCCACUGGACGGGACGGGGCUCGCCCUUCCAGGAUCUUUUCUGCGGCCUUUGUCCAGCGUUAGCCUGGUGAUAACCACCCUGCUAGGGUGGACGCCCAUGUGGACAGUUGUGCCAUUAGCCUUUUCUCGCUGCACCUUUUCAGUGAAGGUGACCAGACGACCUUGCCACGCCGUUGUCUCUAGUGUCCUCGCACAGCCUGAGCAUCAUCAUCUUUUCAAAUGUGCAGGGAUCAAAGGGGCAUUACACUUGUGUGUCAGCGCUUCGGAAAGAUGGGGCGACAUCAUCUUCCUAAACCGAGAGAGUGCACUGAAAUGCUGUUUGCUUGCUUCAGUCAGAAGUCACCAAGGGACUGAGCUUCUUUUUGGCGGCAGCCGUUCCAGCAAUGGCUGCAAAGGGAAGAAUUAUUGUUUCCUAUUUAACAAGCCUCAGAAUAACCCGGUUUACCGAGGAGAGAGGCAGAGGUCAGGGUUUGCACUGGAUCUUUGCAAAGUCUGCCCAGCAAAGGUCUGUGUCACUGUGUUAUUGCCCUGGGUGUCAUGUCCUGUCCUACCUUUGGAAGUCGAAUGGGCUAUUGCAGCAAAACCUCCAUUUGCAAAGCCCCUCCUCGGGGCAGCUCGGUUUAUCAGGUCUCUUAGAAAUAUGAGAUUCUCUGCUAGAUUCCUAAGUCUUUAAACCUCCUUAUAUAGUAGUGAGUGAUGUUGGCACACAUCCCAGCACUGGAGAGGUUGAAGCAAGAGCAUUUUGAGUUCAAGGCCAGCCUUUGGCUCUGCAGUGAAUCUAACCUUUUUAAAGGCCUCUUUGGGACUGAGCAUAUAACUUUGGCUAUGCAACUGUCUCCUUAAAUGCAUGAACAUUACAUGCAGUAGUUAAGAAUGCUGCCUGGGCUCUCACUGCAGGGCUUCAUAGCAUCCCUGUCUCUCAUCUGCUCAGCUCAGUAGCAGCUUCCUGGCUUUGUCUUCUAAGCCGUGAACCGAGUCUUCCAUGCCGUGAACCGAGUCUUCCAUAUAAGUGAACUGUGAGAACAGAACAAGGCCUCGGGGUCACCCAUAGGAGAGCAAUGAGACUGGAGAGGUAGUUCUCACUAGCUCCGUUUCCUGAGAACUCAAAACUCAAUUGGCACUGAAGUGCCUGGGGAAACAGGAGUAUGUGUUAGGGAGACUGUGGCUGUUCUCACAGCUUUGGGAGCAUGAGGCAGCGCCCCGAAAGUGCCAUGACAGACCUGAAGCCUGGCUCUGGUGAAAUGUCCACACAAGUAACAACCUCUGGGGUGAGCCUUGCCAAUAGCAUAAGGGACGGGCUUGUCUAGUAAGUUCCUUCAAGCGGUUAAGGAAAGCAGCGAUCACUCAACACUGUUUCCCUUAGUUUCUGCAUCCGCAAACGAAAGGGAAGAGAGAGGCUGGGAGUGUGCUGGAUGCGGGAGAGAGGGAGGGGUUGCAGAGGGAAUGAUGCGUGCAGGAAGGUGAGGAGAGCUAUAUCUGAACACCGUGGCUAAGUUGUGAAGGAACAGAGAGGUGUAAAUAUCAGGCUGGGGGUGAGAAGCAACAAGACUGCAAGGAAAAGCCGGGGCCAGAAAGGGACUGUCGCUGUCCCGUGUGCCACACUUCAAAACCUUCCAAGCACAAGGACCCGAGUUCAGAUUUCCAGCACGCGUAUAAAAAGUUAGGGUUGUUGGCCAAAGCUUGAAAUCCCAGUGCUGGGGAGGUGGGGACAAGAGGAUCCCCAGGCAUACUGGCCAGCCAGUCUUAGUAAGUACCAGCUUCAGCAGGAGACCCUACCUCAGAAGCUAAGGUGGGGGCUGGGGAGGUGACUCGGCAGGAAAAGCAUUUGCUGCAGCAAGUGUGACCUCAGUCCAGAUUCUUAGAACCCACAUGAAAAAUUGUAUGUACUAUCACAUACAUGUAAUCAGUGUUUCUGUGGAAGGAUGGGAGAAUAAUCCAGAAGUUCACAGCCUUCUAAACUGGAUCACUUGGCCGAGUAGCAAAAACAAGACAGUCCUGCCUCAAACAAGAUGGAAGGUAAGAAUUGACCCCUGAAGGUCACUCUGACCUCCACAUGUGGGUAUGUGUGUGCGCACACACAUACACACAACACAAAGGCAGAGCACAGCUGAGGAAAAUGUCUAAUGUGUUAACCUCUGAUGCCAACUAGAACAUCACAGAUCCCCUUCUGGGAUGGUGAGCCAUAGGACAGCCGGGCCUUGCUCAGCCAGCUAUCUGUGUAGGAGCUGGGACAGCAAACCAAGUAUGGUGGCUCACACCUGUAAUCCCAGCACUUGGGAAGCUGAGGCAGGAGGACUGCUAUAAAUUCAACUCAGUCUGGUCUAUAUAGUGAGUUCCAGGCCAGCCAGAGCUACACAGCAAGACGUUGUCUCAAAAGGAUUAUGCUAGCAAGUGCCAUUAUAGGCCAGGUUAGGAGCUUCUGUCGUGCACCACGAAUGUUCCAGGAAAGACUCUGAGACUUCACACCCCAUCCAUCAGUCAUGCCUUGACCUAGUUUCCCAAUGAGAAGAUGAACUCUUGGUAGCGGGGAGGUGGUGUCCCCUCCUGGCCCUCCCACAGUGCUCCAGAUGUUGGUGUGCAGUGAACAGUUCAACAAUAGAGGGGUUAGAGCACAUAUCUGCCCCGCUCACUAAGUGAGGCCAAUGAUGACUGGAGAUACUUUCCAAGACCAGUCAAGACAACUCCACAAGAAGACAGAGUGCUGCUCCUAACGGAUAGUUGUACGGAAAGAUGUAAAACUCUUAAAGGUAUAGCAGUAUGGUUAUUUCCAUUUUACAAUAGCAUCCCCUGGCCCAGUGCUUUUCCCCUGCUCUGGCCCGCGGGGCAGGUCUGCCACCCUCCAUUAUGAUAGACAGGAUCUCCAAGUGGUACCACUGCUGGGAGACAGCUCCUCGCUCCCUUCCCUAUCAUCUUACCCCCAUUCUGGGCACAGACCUUUCCCAGGUUACCCAGCGUGUGCUAAUUGUGAGAGAGCAGAGAGGUGCCAGCAAGGGUCAGAUGUCUUGAGAUGGAGGAGGUGACAGAAUUCCUUCAUGGAGUUCCUCUGUUAGGUGAUGCCAAACACCCACACUACCAGGAGGGGGACUUUUUGCUUCACUUUAGCCUCAAGGAGAAGCUUUGAGGGCUGCUAUAACAAGAUAGCAGAAAUCUGGCGAAGGAGGGCCUUGGGAACCACUUUGGCUGUGGGGCGGUGCCACAUGCCGCCGGGUUGCCCAUAAACUGGUGGGUUUCUGCUGAAAUUUCAGGAAGGCAAUGACCACCCCAACCCCGGUGGCUUUGGGGGCGGAGCCUGAAGAGGGCGGAGCUCCGGGGCGGGGCGAGCUCAGCGCCUCCAGCGGGCUCCGCGGCUCCGACUGUAGUUUAAAAGGCUGGAAGGCGGGCUUCGCUAAUAUCCGAGUGCCAAAGAAGAACCCGUUUGGCACAGCCAUGACCGGGCGGGCAAGGGGCUCUCGGCUGCUUCGCAGUCUCCUCCUCUUCGUGUUGUUCACUGCCGGCGUCGCCCCCUUCAAUUGGGAUCUCCCGGAGCCCCGCAGCAGAGCCAGCAAGAUCCGAGUGCACCCCCGGGGCAACCUCUGGGCGACCGGUCACUUCAUGGGCAAGAAAAGUCUGGAGCCCCCAAGCCUGUCGCUGGUGGGGACAGCACCUCCCAACACCCAGAGGGACCAGAGACUGCAGCUGAGUCACGAUCUGCUCAGAAUCCUCGUGCUAAAGAAAGCUUUAGGCAUGAACCCCAGUGGCCUGGCUUCCCCAAUUCAGGAAGGCGCUGGAGCCAGUACUGAAGAAGUGAUGCCAAUCACGGGACGAACACAACACGGCUUAGAAUGUGUCCAUCCAGGGAAGCUGCUGAACGGAACCCCAGCAGUGGCCCCAUCGGAUGUAGAUCCUAAGCUCAAAUGUGUUACUCCCUUACUGUGAUUUCUGGUUGGGUCACCAGGAAUGUUGACGACGCCGACAGCAAGGCUCUCCUGCUGCAUUUCUUGCUUCCCUGGUGAAGUUGCAAAUAAAAACACUGCUCUUUA